AUGGACAAAGAAGCCAGGUGUGAGAAGCAGCAGGCCCCUGGUCACAUUGAGGGUGAUGAUGAUGCUGUGAGCUGCAGCACUGACACCUCCAGGUGGUCCUCUCCCUCCAGACUGAGCUGUGGCUCUGAGAGUCCACAACACUCAUCUGACUGUGAAGACAAAGCUGGCUCGCUUAUAGACAAGACUCCAGAUGUCAUGCCAUCAGUCAAGCGGCAAGGAUUGAAGCAAUCUGCAGGGAAAGCUAAAGAAAAAGAUAAGAAAGCCCAAGCAGUCCACAAGCAGAUCUACACUGCAAAUCAUCAAAUCCUGAAGUUGCCUCCAAUCAAGCCCCUGCAGGUUUCAAUGCCAAGGCUCCAGUCUGUCAACUUGAAUUCCAUCAGGGAGCUGAUGAAUCAGGUGUGGGAUCUGCAGCAGCAGCUCAAGGACACCAGGACUGAGAACCGACUUUUGAAGAGGUCCCAGCAUCGCCACUCGGUGGCACUGCAGUACUACCAAGAUUCAGAGGACAGCAUCUCACAGAUUUCAAAAAAGUACAGCAAUGAGGUCCGAGCUCUUCAGACGCUCCUCAAUGAGACCCGCACCUCCCGAGAUAACCUGGCCAGGAAGCUACAAUCUACAGAGGGCGAGCUACUGAAAACAAAGGCUGCUCUCCAGCACUUGCAGCUGCUCAGCCAGGACCACAGCUUGCUGCAGAGGAAAGAUCUCACCCUGAGGCUGGCUGAGGCCACUGCAGAGCUGGAAAGGAAGGACAAGAGGAUACUGGACAUGCAGAAGAAUCUUGACUUAUGCAAAGCCUCAUUCAAACACCAAACAGAUACUCAACAGAAAAAGAUCAAAGAGGAAAGAAAGCUGACCUGCUACCUGCAAGAGCAAAUAUAUCAGCUAACACAAAGAAUUCAGGACAGAGAGAGGGAACUGCAGAAACAUAACAUUUACUCCCAGAGACACCUAAAAGGAUCAAGCAAAAAAGGCAGGGAAAACAAGAUGGUUCAAACAGAUGGUUUCGUCUUUCUUCCCACUGAAGUUGCAAAACUUCUGGAGUUUGCAUAUUCUGAGACUAAGGAGAGGCUGGAACAGCAGGAGAGCUUUCGCAACUUGGUGCAGAAUGAAAAUACUGUGAGACAGGGCUCUCUGCAGCAGGUAGAUGAUGGCGCCAUCCGUCCCAAUGCCAGGCUGAGAGGAGGAGAAGAUGGGUGGAGAGAGGAGGGCCCCAGAGAUGAGGGAGGUAAGGAGGAGGAGGGGGUUACCAGGGAAGAGGAGCUGGAGGUCCUGGAGGUAGUCAGGACAGUGCUCAGGCUGGAGGGGGAGGGGGAAGCUACAAGCUACAGAGAACAAGUUACUGAACACAAAUGCCGCUCUCCAGCACCUGCAGCUGCUCAGCCAGGACCACAGCUGCUGCAGAGGAAAGAUCUCACCCUGAGGCUGGCUGAGGCCACUGCAGAGCUGGAGAUGAAGGACAAGAGGAUACUGGAGGGUUCAAUCGCCGAAAUCGGCCGAUCCAUCACGGAGAUUCAGCCGCGCGUCAUCAAGGGAUCUCCACAUCCGUUCAGUCGCCAUUACGCACACGACGCUAGCACAGACAGCGGUCUGCUCCCCAAAGUCAGACACAAGUACAUCUUCACAAAAUCUACUGAGGACCUGCACAAUGGAAGACCUGUUAGCAGCAUGGACACGACCUCCUGUGAGAGCACCAAGAGCACAGUGAAGGUAGAGUCCUCAGCAGUGGAAUUCAUGACCUUCAUUCAUUAGUAGGAAAUCCAGGAGAGGUGAUGUAGGCAGCUCUCAGUUUGAGCAAACAGCAGUUCAACAGAAAGCUGAUGAGUUCUUUAGUUCAAGUGAAGUCACUGAAUUGACCCUUCCUGGGGACCAUAUACAAGAAAAUCUUUGACUGAACCAGUGGAUACAGUAAAAAAAAAAAUGUUAAAAAUAAAAAAUAGUAAUGAAAACAGACUAGGAUUGUCUCCAACUUUUUAUUAUUAACAAAGACUUUAUUUUUUGUGUUAACUAAAAGCUUCAAAAACAUUGUGGGUUGCCUACUUUGCUCUAAUAUCUUUUUUAA